AUGACAAUAGUCAACCAUGAGAACCUCGUAUUCUACCCCGCGUUCUGCUUCAAGGCGUCACCCACGCACUUUACCUGGGUGAAAAUGGGUGCGGCCGAUGUGCAUCGUCUCCGAAAAUCGAGUGACUUCGUGGGCCAAAACAUCUUCUUCUACAACAAUCAUCCAAUCCAAUUCGUUAGCCUAAUGGGCAUCAUAGUGGCGCGAACUGAUGUCCCACGACGCACAAUCCUAAUACUAGACGACAGCAGUGGUGCAACAAUCGAAAUAGCCGUACUAAAACAGACCUCACCAAAUCCCAGCACCACUAGCCGGGCAACUCCAGCCACAGACCCAGGAAAACCAGCAUGGUCCUCAUUCUCCCUCACGGCGCCAACAGCCACUAGCCUCACCCAAACAACACAUGUAACCUCCAAAGACCACAACGAGAUAGACAUCUCAGCUCUCCAACCAGGAACGCUAGUCCGGGUAAAGGGGACGCUGUCAACUUUCCGCUCGCAGAUGCAGUUACAUCUCGAGCGGUUCUGGCUCGUGCGCGAUACGAACGCCGAAAUGCAGUUCCUGGAUACCCGCCUGCGGUUCCUUAUUGAAGUCUUGUCUGUGCCAUGGGUGUUGACCGAUGAGGAGAUCGAAACGCUGCGCGAUGAUGCUGAGAGAUGUGAUGAGCGGGCGUUGGAACAUAAGAGGCGCGCGGAGAGAGUUGCGAGGAAAAGGGUUGAGCGUGAGGAGAGACAUGCCAGGGCUAUUGCCCUCCAGUAUGAGAAGGAGGAGAGGGAGAGGGAGAGGGAGCUCAAAAAGAUUAGAGAGGAUGGGGAGAGGGUUAUGAGGAAGUUUGGGUUUGAGAGGUCGAAGUGA